AUGGUGAAGUCGCUGGUGAACCUUUGCCUCGCGGCGAUUUGCCAACACGAGUUGAACGACGACCUCGUGAUGAUGCCGGUGGAGUGCAAGCAACGGCUUUUGGAGUUCUUCUCGAGCCACGACCAGGUCGGCGACGUCUUCUCCUCUGACCUUCUUCCGUUGCAGCUGUCGGCCUCCGACUGCUCUUCGUUGGUCUCCUCUCCGACUUUCGGCUGCAACAUCCCUCUGCUGACGUUUUACCUGUCGACGGAGCUCACCGACGAGAUUUUGUGCGCCCUGACGGCCAAAAACAAGCGCGUCGAGAAGAUAACCCUCGUCGACUGCCCUAACGUCAGCGACAAGGUUCGGUUUUUUUUCGGAAAGUAUCCAAUAAAUCUUUUUGGAACUUUUUCUAUAUUUUUCAAAUAGGAAUUUCCAGAUAAGUCAUUAAUCUUACAAUUGAAAGAACCGCUUAGUGUUUUUGGUCACUUUUCACCUUGAUCAUUAAAGAAAGCAAAGGGAAGAAGUUUAUCCAGGGAGCACGAGCUAUGACGUCAGGACAGAGAGAACUUUCUCAGCUGGAGUUGCGAGCAAUGAACCAGCUGAGUGACGCGGCGCUGGACGAGGUCUUCAGUCCGUGCCUGGUGUCGGUCGACCUCAGCGGCUGUGGAAGGGUCCUGCCACCUAAAAGUGUCCGUUUCAAAAGCCUCUUCCAGAUCACCAGCCACGGCAUCCGAAGACUUGUGUCCCGAAAUCCAUCCAUCCGUUGUCUGUACCUCAACCACUGCCGUUCUCUCGACGACCAGGCUCUUUAUGACAUCGCUCACUUCGUUGGAAGCCGUCUUCAUGUAAGUUCAUCGUUUGGAAAUCCCAAAUCGCUCUUUCUCAGAUUCUGGAAGUCGACUUCCCCACUUCGUUAAGCGAUCCCGCUGCCGCUCUUCAACAUCUUUCUUCUCAGUGUCCGAACUUGUCCCAGUUAUCGCUAGCCCGAUUUUUCCACGAUGUGAGUGAAAAGGGCCCCAUUUGAAUAAGUUCGAAAAACGAGCAGUUGUCUUUUGCAACGUGACGUAGGUACACCUGUCGUGCUUUGUUGUCUAUUCAGUCCUCAAAGAAUCUCUGUUCUCUUUUGGAUUUCCUAUAAAUACCUGAAGAAGAGUUCUAAACGAGAUGAAAAUAUGUGAAAAAAAAACCGUUGAAUCAGCGUUACCCGUUUUCAGAACCUUGAAGACGGACCAACUGAAACGCCACAGUAUAUCAUUGAUGGGAUAAAUCUUCGAGAAGUCGACCUAUAUGGUAGGUUUAAAAAUUUAAACUUAUAACUUCUUGAAAGACUCCAAAGAACAAAGUUUUUUUUUAUCCCCCGGAUGAACUUUUACUUUUUUUUUUUAAUUGGGAGGUUCUAUAGGUACAAGGUACACUUCAGCCAUGUUUAAUCAAAAGUUCAACCGGGGGCUAAAAAAUUUCAAGCCAAAAGAAAUAAAACUUUUUCUAAAUCAGAGUUUGCAUCUAUUUCGUAAACUCAGAAUAUGUUGUUUUUGUUGGUUCUUAAUGUUUCCUAAAAUAUUUCUCAGCUUGAAACUUAAUUUCUGUCAUAAAUUCAAAAGCAUGGCCUUGAGGUUCUCCUUUUUUCUGCCCUUCCAUCAACAAGCCAACAAUCUCGGCAUUGAAACAGUGAAGCACGAGUUUGUGUCUUGCCUCUAAGUCCUGGUAGAAAUUAUUGCUGUUAGAUGGAGAGGAAAAAACUGAACGUCAUGGCUGUUCUUUCUUUGAUUCUGAAACUUGUGCGAUAGAUCAAAGUUGAGGUAACUACUUCUCGCACCUGCCGCAACUUCCGCAGACGGUCCACUCGAUCCGGCUCUCCGUUUCCGGCGACGAGGACGCCCAGCAACUCGUGGCGAGUCUGCUCGACCAGCCAUGCCUCAGCAGCAUCAACCUGCUCGUCACCGUCCGCGAGGCUAACAUUGUUCAUUUGCUUCUUCCGUCCGAAGCUAUUCAACGAGUUUCAGACUGCCGUCGACAACGCCAACGCCCUCAUUUGUGCCAUAGUUCCGCUGUUGGGGACGAAGAUCACCAAGCUGCAGGUAUUCGAGCGAUGAUCGUCUUUCAUUCAUUUCCAUUCGAGAUAUCCGUGCCGCGGCUUUUUGACGAGGCGUUGACUUUCGUGACGGAAGGCCUUCCCAACAUGACACAUCUUGCGUUGGAAGUCAACCACCUCAACACCAACAUCUUGCAAAAGUACUUUGCAGGUUAGUCUACCACUGUGGGUAGCGGCAGUUUUACAAACAAAACUUGAAUGAUUUCGCUUUUUAUUUUCUGCAUUUGCAGGAGGAACAAAGUCGAGCGCCAGCAACCUUCGCUCCUUGAAGAUUUGCCGAAUGAGGAUGACUUACCGAGUGCUUUUCGCGAUAGCCCGAGGCGCUCGCAACUUAUCGGUUUGUCUUCUCAAAGCAGCUCUACUGAAGUCAUCCUCUAGGACCUCGAGACUUCUCACAUGUACUCAGUGGACGACCGCUUCCUGUGUCUUCUUGGAGGCAAUUGCCGCUCUUUGAAGAGCAUCAAUCUCAACGGCUGCCGCUACAUUAGCGACAAAGGCCUGGCCGUUCUGGCAAGGUACUUGGAAAAGCGACUUCUGCCCUCUAUUGACGAAUUCCAGACGGUGUCCUCUGCAAGAAGUUCGGAUUCGGGGGACUUCCUGCACCGACAAGUCGAUCUACAUUCUGGCACAGUUCUGUCCCGACCUCGAGUGGAUCUCUUACGCCGACUACUCAGGUUUUGCUUCCACUUUUUUUAAAGUUCAAACGUAAUUUUCAGGAAGGCCGAAAUUCUCUGACGCGGCGUUACAGUGCCUUCGCGAUUCGUGUAUCCAGCGGGUCAUUUGCUAACUUUUCAACUUUUCUACCUACUACAUUCUUUAAUUUAAAUUCCAAAUUCAAUACAUUUCUUGGAGCUUUAUUUUACAUUAUUAUUUUGUAAAUAGUUGAUCCUUCCAUGACCGGUUCUUUUAAAAAAAAACUACUUUUUUCUUUUCUUGUUUCUCGCUCAAAAAUCUCGCGUUGGAGUCUCCGAGUAGGACCUUUUUUCCAACACUCCUUUUUUCGGAGAACUCUUUAAUCUCAGUUCAACUUCAUUCAUGGCCUGAUUGAACGAAACAUUGAGUUUUUUUGUAUGUGAGUUCAUAUUAUAUUAUUUUUUUGAAUUGUUUUCUUUUUGUUGCUUCUUAGGAUUUUUUUCGAAUCUUUAUUUUGCUAAAAAAAAAUUUUUUUCAAUCACGUUUGUAAUAUGUAUUUUCGAAUCUGGGAUUUUCUCAGUAAAAACCGAAGAGAAAGACAAAGUACAGUUAUGCUUUUCGUCCACUUCAAUUUUCGCUCUCGAAGGAGUGCUUCAGCUUUUUUUUUCGAAUGAGAUCUAGUACAUGAAGAUUUUCGAAGUUAUUUCUCCGGUUCAAAGUGUUCUUUUGUACCCAUAUCACCCUUGGGUCAUUAGGACGUUUACAACAUCCAAGCAAGGUCUUCGGUUCGGCGCGGCGCGGCAACAUCAAACAGCGCCAAUUUGUCGCGAAAAGGCGCUACUGUAGCCCCGGCGGUUAUUUAUGCGCCGAGUCUCGUCUUUCGCUUGUUUCAAUCGUCGAGCAGAAAGACUCGCCGCCAUCAUAAUAGCCACUGCUUUGAAAUUGGAAAUGAGACUUCAUGGUUUUUUUCCGGAAAAAUUAAACAUUUGGUCUAUUUAAAAUGCUAAAAGCCUCACUGACGACUGUCUACAUCUUUUCUAAAACUCACUAGGGAACUACGCGAACUCGUAUUCGCGGAUCGAGUUCAAACUUUGGUGGCCUAUAGAACGAGGUCAGGAUAAUUGAAACCAAGAGAGGUUAUCUGCUAAACCCGAUAAGGUGCAGAGAAAAAACUUGUUGGAAACGAAAAGAUUAGGCUUGAAAAUAACAGCAAAAAAAUUGCAGAAAAGCAGUAUGCUGAAAAUUUUCAAUUUUCGAAUACGAAAACAUUCGAAUGCGAGUAGUUCGCUGGUCAGUGAGAAGUUUUCCGAUUGUAAGAAUAUGAUAGCAAAAACUACAAAGCUAUAAAACAAAAAAAAAAUUGGCUGUUCCAGUCACUAUUGGAACUGGAUAGUCAGCAAAGAAAAGCUUUCAAGACGUUCCAGUAAUCAUCUCUGGAAAACUCGGAGAACUCCAAGCAAGGAGUGCUCAGGAAACCUUAAAAGUCGUCUUCAAUUUGAAAAUUCUAUCGAAUUCAUCGAUAAUAAGUUGAUAUUAAAAUGAUGAAAAAAAUUUUUGAAGUUUCAAAGACAUUUUUUUCUUAGUUUUCUUUGUUGUUGCUCAGUGAAGCAGAUACAUUAGUCUUCGGGAUUCCUUAAUGAGAAUAGUAUCCCUAGAAACGGUCGAAACAAUCUUGGCGCCGGAUCGACGUCCUUCUUGAGGUGCGCAGAAUCUUUACGACGUCGCGCUGCUGCUCAACGACUCGUGUCCACUCCUCCUUCUUUUGCGUUUUGUUGCCACAGAUCCGUAUCACCGCCCAAAGACCGAAACCGCUUUUCAACGCUACGAACACGUGCGGCACACUCCAAGGUGAAACGUUCCAAGAUUCCGCCGACGAUAACGGGCGGUUUUUGUUGAAAAAAUUGAAAAAAUUGGAAUCCCUGGGAAGUUUUCAAAUUCUUCGUUAUAGUCAAUGUUUCCCGACUUGAAAGGCGAAGGAGGCGGGGCAAGGGGCGGGACACGUAGCGUGUGCGUACGCGGUUCUUGGCACGUGUUCAAUUCAAUUGUCGCCGACUAUUUAAAAAGCUCGGCAACCGCUCUUUUUCAAUGUUUUUCUGCUAUUUUUUGACGCACACAUGAACAUAAUCAAUAAAUCAUUGAAAAAGGAUAGAAAAAAAAAGCGAAAAACGGGCUUUUCAAAGAGUAGAUAGCGGUUAAAUUGAACACGUGCCAAGAACCGCGAACGCACACGCUACGCGUCCCGCUCCCUUGCCUUUCAAGUCGGGAAACAUUGACUAUAAUAGUAAAAUUUUUGUCAAGCAAACAUCUUCUUGACUGCACGAGGAAUAUACGCUUGGGAUGAAUUCAAGCGCGCCUGAAAAAGAUCGCUUUUUCUUUCAAUUUCAGAAAAGUGAGAGCUAGAAAUUUCUGGAAAUUUUCAUUAAAAAAACAGUAUAAACUUCUGGAUGAAUAAAAAAAAGAGCUCUCCAAAUAGUCGCUGGCGGUUGAAUUGAACUUGCAAAGAAACGUGCAAAGAACCGCGAACGCGCACGCUACGCGUCCCUCCCUUUUCUCUGCCUUCCUAGUCUUUCAAGUCGGGUUGAAUUGACUAUACCGUUCCCGCGCGCUGGCCGCUCUUCCCCCGAGUCCUCAAAAAACAAAACUUGAGACCAGACACUCGUACUCUCCUCGCUCUGCAAACUGUCUGAAGACCUGCGCGCUGGCAUUCCCAAUUUAACAGAAAACGGCAGACCAUCACACGAGUCUGGUCUCUCCAAUCUACCGUGCUCUCUAAACUGAUGCAUGCGCUGGCAUGCCGUUCUCCUCCUGAGAAUAUCCCGUCAACGUGGGAGUUUUCGUCGGGGAUACAUGCACAAAACCUCAUAUCUGACGACUUUUUCUAGGAAAGAUAUUUUCUAACCCAGUUAGCCAAUAUUGGCAAUAUUAUAUAAUAAUGUUGUAAUCUGUCGCAGCGAGAGCAAGGCUACUUCGCGGGAGAACUUUUUUUGAGUUAAAUUAAAAAGCGUUUUCUCAAAUUUGUACAUUUCAUCAUAGAAGUGAAAAAAACAAAGCAAAUACAUUUUUUUUGAGAAUUUAAAUUUAUAAGAGAAAGCGAUAUGGCAGCGAGAUUUUGACAAAGUAGGAGUAAGCAGUUUUUGCUAUAUCGCCUACUGCCCGCUGCGAUAUAGUCAGUUCCCUUUUCAAUAUAUGUAAAACGUUCAACUGGAUUGUUUUUGUAUUUCCUGACCAAUUUUCUUUUUUUUUUCUCAACGCUCACGAUUUAUUUCAAUUUACACACAUUAUUGAUUUUCUUAUUAUCAAUAUGUACAGUAACUGAUCUAAGUUGAUAAAAAUUUGUAAAUCUUGUCAGCAAUGAUUCACCAAAGAUCAGCGCCUACUCUUAUACUUUUUUUCUGGAUGAUUAACUGAUAUUCAGGAACGUUUUUUUUUCUUGUUAAGAGCCGAACGGAAACGGUCCCCUGCUGACGGAUGGACCGUAUCCGCGUGGAAAUGCGCGAGGCCAUCGCAACCCUCUGAUUUGUCGGUUAUCUGCGAGCGCCGAUCUGCCGCCGCCGGAAAGAACUUCGGCUGUCUUCUAUCUGUGA